CGACCUACACUAGAAAGGGGAAAAAAAGGAUAAGUACAAGCUCCUCCAAUUCGAAACCAGGGGCAAUCUGGCGGGAAAAUUUCAAAUAUCAAACUUCCAGAGGAAGCUUAAUCGAGCACUCAACCCUAAUUUCCAAAUUUGAAACCCACGCCUCACCCGCCAUUAUCCACUAUAUAUUGGCGCCUAAUCUUCUCGUUCACCUUGUGCGCUUUACCUGUUCGAAGAAAUUCUUCAGAGAAACGCUUACCUGUGGAUCGUGAGAGAUGUACGUCGUGAAGAGAGAUGGACGUCAAGAAGCGGUCCAUUUUGACAAGAUAACUGCUAGAUUGAAGAAGCUCAGUUAUGGGCUGAGCACCGAGCACUGUGAUCCCGUUAUGGUAUCGCAGAAGGUUUGCGCUGGUGUCUACAAGGGUGUCACCACUAGCCAACUCGAUGAAUUGGCUGCUGAAACCGCCGCUGCGAUGACUGCUAACCACCCUGACUAUGCUUGUUUGGCUGCUAGGAUUGCCGUUUCUAAUCUCCACAAGAACACGAAAAAAUCAUUUUCUGAGACGGUCAAAAUCAUGUACAAUCAUUUCAAUGAGAGAUCUGGUUUGAAGGCUUCUCUUAUAGCUGAUGAUGUCUAUGAAUUGAUUAUGAAGAAUUCUGCUCGCUUAGACAGUGAGAUUAUUUAUGACAGAGACUUUGACUAUGAUUAUUUUGGUUUCAAAACCCUUGAGAGAUCCUAUCUACUAAAGGUUCAAGGGAAGGUUGUGGAAAGGCCUCAACACAUGCUGAUGAGGGUUGCUGUUGGAAUUCACAAGGAUGACAUAGAAUCUGCUGUCCGAACAUACCACUUGAUGUCUCAGCGAUGGUUCACUCAUGCAUCUCCUACUCUUUUCAAUUCUGGAACUCCAAGGCCUCAAUUGAGUAGUUGCUUCCUUGUGUGCAUGAAAGAUGAUAGCAUAGAAGGUAUAUAUGAUACUUUGAAGGAGUGUGCUGUCAUCAGCAAAUCAGCAGGAGGAAUUGGGGUCUCUGUUCACAAUAUUCGAUCCACGGGCAGUUACAUUAGUGGAACUAAUGGGACUUCUAAUGGUAUUGUUCCAAUGUUACGUGUGUUCAAUGAUACUGCUCGUUAUGUUGAUCAAGGGGGAGGCAAGAGGAAAGGUGCAUUUGCUGUGUACUUGGAGCCGUGGCAUGCUGAUGUAUUUGAGUUUUUGGAGUUAAGAAAGAAUCAUGGAAAGGAAGAGCACCGUGCUCGAGACUUGUUCUAUGCUCUAUGGGUACCUGAUCUCUUUAUGGAAAGAGUUCAGAGUAAUGGGGAAUGGUCGUUGUUUUGUCCCAAUGAAGCACGUGGUUUGGCAGAUUGCUGGGGUGAAGAAUUUGAGAAGCUAUAUCUUCAUUAUGAAAGAGAAGGAAAAGCAAAGAAGGUUGUUCAGGCUCAGAAUCUUUGGUUUGAAAUCCUAAAAUCCCAGAUUGAAACUGGAACCCCUUACAUGCUUUUUAAGGACUCUUGCAAUCGGAAAAGUAACCAGCAAAAUCUAGGGACCAUUAAGUCUUCAAACUUGUGUACUGAGAUAGUUGAGUAUACCAGUCCAACAGAAACUGCUGUAUGCAAUCUGGCUUCAAUUGCCCUGCCUCGGUUUGUGAGAGAGAAGGGUGUGCCAAUGGAGUCUCAUCCAUCUAAACUUGUUGGGAGCAGAGGCUCUAGGAAUCGAUAUUUUGACUUUGAUAAACUGGCAGAGGUUACUGCAGUGGUGACGACCAAUCUUAAUAAAAUAAUUGAUGUUAAUUACUAUCCAGUUGAAACUGCAAGAAGAUCAAACUUCCGUCACAGACCGAUUGGUAUAGGAGUUCAGGGUCUUGCGGAUGCUUUCAUACUGCUUGGCAUGGCUUUUGAUUCACCAGAGGCUCAGCAGUUGAACAAGGAGAUUUUUGCAACUAUAUAUUAUCAUGCUUUAAAAACUUCUUCUGAAUUGGCUGCGAAGGAAGGUCCCUAUGAAACAUAUAGUGGGAGUCCUGUGAGCAAGGGAAUUCUUCAGCCAGACAUGUGGGGUGAGACACCCUCAAAGCUUUGGGAUUGGGAUGCACUCAGGGAUAUGAUAUCAAAGAAUGGAGUGAGAAACUCACUUCUCGUAUCCCCUAUGCCAACAGCUUCUACCAGCCAGAUUCUUGGAAACAAUGAGUGUUUUGAGCCAUAUACUUCCAAUAUCUACAGUCGAAGGGUUAUAAGUGGUGAAUUUGUUGUGGUGAACAAGCACCUUCUUCAUGACCUGACUGAGAUGGGAUUGUGGUCUCCUGCUGUCAAGAAUAAGAUCAUCUAUGAGAACGGUUCAGUUCAGAAAAUCCCAGAAAUACCCACUGAGCUGAAACUCAUAUACAAAACUGUUUGGGAGAUAAAGCAAAGGACAUUGGUUGAUAUGGCUGUUGAUCGUGGGUGCUACAUAGAUCAGAGUCAAAGCUUAAACAUUCACAUGGAUCAACCUAACUUUGGAAAGCUUACUUCCUUGCACUUCUAUGCAUGGUCCAAGGGUUUGAAGACUGGAAUGUAUUAUCUCCGAUCACGGGCAGCAGCUGAUGCCAUCAAGUUCACUGUUGAUACUGCUGCUCUUGAGGAAAAACCAAAGUUGGAGGAAGAAGACGAUGGUACCAAGAUGGCACAAAUGGUGUGUUCUCUGACAAACCGUGAAGAUUGUUUGGCUUGUGGAAGUUAAGAAGGUCCAAUAUUGGAACGGCAUCAUCAGAACAUCAUUAGGCUUUUACCUUUUGAUCAUUACGGAGUGGCUGCACAUCCCAGGAUCUACGAGAUUUGAGAUUCACUAGUCAAAAACUACGUGCCUAUCUGAUACUUAAAAUGAUCUCAAUGGCUUUGUGUAAAUAAGUAUAUCAGUUUCGCUUGUUAGUUGUAGGUGCUUUCUUCUCAGAUGAUAUAUGUCUUGUGUUGUUUUCUUCAUAGUUGUAUCUAAAUAGUAAAUAGAAUUGUGUGAGCUGAACAAACGUAUCACUGUAUCAGGAUGUUCUCUCUCAAAUAUUUGCUUUUGCGUAUGAUAUAUACGGUUAAUGCUAUUAUCUUUUAA